AUGAAGAGCGACACAAAGCAUAUCAUUACUUUGUGGUCACAUGGGUUGUACGCAUCGGGUUACCACAACGGUUACGGAUCUGCUCCCUACGGCUCGCUUCAAGCGUCCGUCGCGGCGGGCGGUGGUCGCAAGGCGGCGAUGGCGACGGCGGCGGCUGCGGCGACCUCGUCUCUGGCGGCGGUGCGCGUGUUUAAGGGAAACAGCGUGCUCGCGCAAUUCAAGGCGCGAAUCACGGCGCGAUUUGCGGAGGGGCCGGCGGUUCUCCUGGCUGACUCGGCGGAAAGGCAAGGCGCAGCAGGAGCAGAGGCGUUGAGAGCAAGAGGGAUAGAGGCGACGUGCGAGAUUGGGGAGAGAGGCGAGGCGGAGCGGGUGGCCGUGGAGAGCGGGGCAGAUGGGGCGACGCAGGCGGUGGUGGUGGGGGGUUUAGGGUGUGGGGAGGAGCAGAGCGCGGCAGUGCGCAUGGCGCAGGCGGUGCUGCUGCCCGCCCUGGGCGCCGUAUCACACGCCUUCAUGCACGGCCUCAACCGCACUGAGGUGAUAGACGCGCACAAGCUCACGGACGCCAUCGCCCACCGCCCUCCUGGCACGCCCCUCCUCACGGUAGCCAAUCACGUGGCAGCAAUGGACGACCCACUGGUCAUGGCAGCGGUGGUGCCGCCAUCCCUCAUGCUCGCCCGCCCCGCCGCUCUCCGCUGGACCCUCUGUGCCUCCGACCGCUGCUUCUCCUCUCCGCUGCUCUCCGCUUUCUUCACCUCGCUUCGAGCUUUACCUGUGGAGAGGGGAGGGGGGUUGAAGCAGCCGGGCAUGGUGGCAGCAGCGCAGCGGCUGAGCGAGGGCGGGUGGGUGCACAUCUUCCCCGAGGGCACUCGCUCGCUGGAUGGCGGCCGCACCCUUGGCCCCAUGCGGCGCGGUGUUGCCUGGCUGGCAGCGCAGUGCUUGGUGCCGCCGCUCAUCAUCCCAGUGGUGCAUGUCGGCAUGCACCGCGUGCAAGCUAGAGGACAAACGCUGCCGGCCACAGGCCAACAGCGCCUGCACUCCCACCUGCUGGCGCGUGAAAGCCACCUGCUUGAAGCGGGCGCUGCACUGGAAGGGGCUUUGCCGCGGGAUGAGUCGCUAGCAGUGGAGGGGUGUGUGGCAGGCGUGGAGGCUGAUAGGGAACUGGCAGCGCUGAUGUGUGGGACAGGAGUGAUGGAUGCUACGGACUGCUGCAGUGACGUCAGUGCAGCAACGUCCACUCACGUUUCUUUAGAGAGCAGAGCGGACGGCAAAGCAGAGGGCGGUGGGUGGGAGUUGAGCCAGCCGAAUCACCCGCACUGGCAAAUACACCCCACUGGCAGUCGCGUUUCACAUUGGCCCUUAACCCUCGCUGCCCAUCCCCUCACCUGUUUGGAGGACCGCACAUGGCCCUCCCUCGCUCUCGCCUCCCACAUGGCUGAUGCUUCACCCUCUGCUGUCAGCAGCAGCAGCCGUGGUGCUGCUGGUCUGUUGCACUCCCAGUGGGCAAAGGAAGCAGCAGCAGUGGCAGCGGCAGCGAGGGAGGCAGUGGCGAGGCAGCAGGAGAUUGAGAGGGUGGCGCUGCUGUUUGGGUUUGCUGCUCGCUGUGCCGUGGGAGGGGGGCAGUGGCAACACAGGCAGGCAUUGAUGAUGUGA